GCAUCCUCGCCCCGCGCUCGCUCUGUGCUCAGCUCCACUCCGCGUCCCGCUCGCUCCCGGCCCGCCCGGCUCCUCGGCUCCCCUCGCGGAGGGCGGCGCGGCCAUGAGGAUGCGGGGACGCGGUCCCCGGGAUGCCCCCGCCUCCAGCGCGGGGGCCGGCGACGCGCGGCGGCUGGCGCCCCCGGGGCGGAACCCCUUCGUGCACGAGCUGCGCUUCAGCGCCCUGCAGAAGGCCCAGAUCGCGGUCAUGACGCUGACGCUUUUUCCCAUCCGGCUGCUGCUUGCCGCCUUCAUGAUGCUGCUCGCCUGGCCCUUCGCACUCGUCGCUUCCCUGGGACCCGCUGAGAGGGAACCGGAGCAGCCCCUGGCCUUGUGGCGGAAGGUCGUGGACUUCCUGCUCAAGGCCAUCAUGCGGACCAUGUGGUUCAUCGGCGGCUUCCACCGGGUGGCCGUGAAGGGGCGGCAGGCCCUGCCCACUGAGGCAGCCAUCUUCACCCUGGCACCACACUCCUCCUACUUCGAUGCCAUCCCCGUCACCAUGACCAUGUCCUCCAUCGUGAUGAAGGCCGAGAGCAGAGACAUCCCAAUAUGGGGAACUCUGAUCAGGUACAUACGGCCCGUCUUCGUGUCCCGGUCAGACCAGGAUUCUCGCAGGAGGACCGUGGAGGAAAUCAAGAGACGGGCACAGUCGAAUGGCAAGUGGCCACAGAUAAUGAUUUUUCCAGAGGGAACUUGUACCAACAGGACCUGCCUAAUUACCUUCAAACCUGGUGCCUUCAUCCCGGGAGUUCCCGUCCAGCCGGUGGUUCUGCGGUACCCAAACAAGCUGGACACCAUCACAUGGACGUGGCAAGGCCCCGGAGCGUUAGAAAUCCUGUGGCUCACCCUGUGUCAGUUUCACAAUCAAAUUGAAAUUGAGUUCCUUCCGGUGUACAACCCUUCAGAGGAGGAAAAGAAGGACCCCGCCCUGUAUGCCAGCAAUGUGCGACGCGUCAUGGCCGAGGCCCUGGGCGUCUCCGUGACCGACUACACCUUUGAGGACUGCCAGCUGGCCCUGGCAGAAGGACAGCUUCGGCUCCCUGCAGACACCUGCCUUCUGGAAUUCGCCAGGCUUGUGCGGGGCCUGGGCCUAAAACCAGAAAAACUUGAAAAAGAUCUGGAUAGAUAUGCGGAAAGUGCUGGGGUGAAGAGGGGGGCAAAGAUCAACGUCUCGGAAUUUGCGGCUUACCUGGAAGUGCCUGUCUCCGACCCGCUGGCCGACAUGUUCUCCCUGUUUGACGAGAGCGGGAGCGGCGAGAUGGACCUCCGGGAGUACGUGGUCGCCUUGUCUGUCGUCUGCCGGCCUGCCCAUACCCUGGACACCAUACAGCUGGCCUUCAAGAUGUACGGGUCUCAGGAGGAUGGCAGCAUAGACGAGGAUGCCCUGUCCAGCAUCCUCAAGACGGCAUUAGGGGUGGCAGAACUCACCGUGACCGACCUCUUUCGGGCAAUCGACCAGGAGGAGAAGGGGAGGAUCACGUUUGCCGACUUCAGCAGGUUUGCAGAAACGUACCCCGACUUUGCAGAGGAGUAUCUGUACCCCAACCAGCCGCCUUUCAAGAGCUGUGCACAGACGCUUCCCGCUCUCACCCCCAACGGCUUCUGUGCUGACUUCAGCCCCGAGAACUCGGAUGCUGGGAGGAAGCCUGUGCGGAAGAAACUGGACUAGGACUGAGGGUGCUGGACAGACGAGACUGCUCCCUGGCAGUCGCCACCCGCUAGCCCUCUGCUGUGACCACCUCCGGGCUCCACUCUCCACGUCGGCUGCUCGGUCACUGUCCCCAGGCCCAAGUGCCAGAGGCUGGGGUGUUUCCACUUUGCUUCUCUGUGGGGCACCGGCCUGAGAGGUGCCUGUGGGGCAUCUGGAAGGAAACCUUAUGCUCACGGCACCAGGACUCCUCACAGUGAGACUGCGUGGGGCAUGUCCUGCCCACCUUGGCGGGGCUCAGGGGUCUCCCUGCGGGCAGGUCCUCGGGGGUGGGUGGACACCAGGUGUGGCUUGUUUUCAAGUGUCCUGGGUUCAGAUUUUCAUCUCACUCUUCACGCGGCCCCUGUUGGUCAGUUCGAGGCACACGCACAGGCGGGCAGCCUCUACGCACACUCAAAAAGCAGGGCAUGUGGCAUGUGUUCGAUUCCAGACAAACCCUUUGCUGACUUCUGGAGUCACAGCAUGGCCGGCCCGCCAGCAGUUUUUAAACAUUUCUAUAUUUGUGGGAGUUCAUGAGUAUUUUAUAAACCUCAUUUAGAUACUACAGGAAACAUUCAGCAUUUUUUUUAAAAGAAGAAAGUUGUUUUUCUACUUCAUUUUCCUUUGAGGGUCAGAGGAUAUUUAUUUAUAGGCCCUUUUUUGAUAGACUCUGAGGCUGUCUGUGGCUUUGACUUCACUCUCUCUGGCCUCUCCACCAGGUCAGUUUCCCUCCUGUUUGGGCCACCAGGAGUACCAGCCCAGAACUGCUAUCUCCCAUCCUUAAUCCUUUAGAAUCCCCCUUUUUUUAUAAAGGUUACCAGUUUGGUAUUUCUGUUUUAAUAUGACGUCAUCUACUUCACUGUAGUGUCGGCUCCAACGGAGGCAUUGAACAUGGGUGGCAUGAGGGAGGCAGGAGGGAAGGAUGGUCCCGGCUCCUUGGUCGUGUUUGGCUGUGCACCUCCAG